ACAUUGCUCAGUGCGACAUAAACCUGCUGUCACGUGUUUUGUGGCUUCAGGACUCAUUACAUUGCUUACAUCCACCCUGAGGAAGCUGACAAAUGAAUUUUGAAGAUAAGUUUUAACUAAAAGCUGACUUCUUCUUUGCAGGUUGAAGGGAAGAACCUGAUACAUCCCCAAAAUGUUUAACAAAUCCUUUGGGACUCCGUUUGGAGGCAGCACCGGUUUCGGGACAACUUCAACAUUUGGACAAAAUGCUGGCUUUGGGACAAGCGGAGGAGCGUUUGGAACAUCUGCCUUUGGCUCAAACAACAACACUGGAGGCCUCUUCGGGAGUACACAGACAAAACCAGGAGGAUUAUUUGGUUCCACAACAUUUAAUCAGCCAGCCACCUCCUCCACAAGCACUGGCUUUGGCUUUGGAACCUCAACCGGGACAUCAAACAGCCUGUUCGGAACAACCAGCACUGGGGGAGGCCUCUUCUCAUCCCAGAGCAAUGCCUUUGCACAGAAUAAGCCAGCUGGGUUUGGAAACUUUGGAACCAGCACCAGCAGCGGGGGGCUCUUUGGAACCACUAACACCACUUCCAAUCCCUUUGGCAGUACCUCUGGCUCUCUUUUUGGCCCGACUAGUUUCACCGCUGCUCCAACUGGCACGACUAUUAAGUUUAAUCCACCAACUGGUACAGAUACUAUGGUAAAAUCUGGUGUCAGCACCAACAUCAACACCAAGCACCAAUGCAUCACGGCCAUGAAAGAAUAUGAAAGCAAAUCUCUGGAGGAACUGCGUUUGGAAGACUACCAGGCAAACAGGAAAGGACCCUCCAACCCUGUAGGAGCUGGAGCAGCUGCAGGCUUGUUUGGGUCUUCUACAGCUACGUCAAGUACGGCUACAGGGCUUUUUGGCUCUUCUACUACUAGUACUGGCUUUUCAUAUGGACAGAAUAAAACUCCUUUUGGAACCAGUACAACUGGCUUUGGAACAGGAACCACGGGGGGGCUUUUUGGUCAGCAGCCUCAAACUACAAGUCUGUUCAACAAACCUUUUGGCCAGCCCACAACGACGCAGAACACUGGCUUUUCUUUUGGGAACACCAACACCCUGGGACAGCCCAACACGAGCACAAUGGGUCUCUUUGGGGUGACCCAGCCCUCACAGCCUGGAGGCCUUUUUGGAACAGCUGCCAAUACAAAUGCUGGGACUGGGUUUGGAACUGGAACUGGGCUCUUUGGACAACCCAACACGGGAUUUGGUGUUGGCGGUUCGACCCUGUUUGGGAACAAGCCUGCUGGAUUUGGAACCACCACGACCAGCGCUCCCUCGUUUGGUACAACCACCGGUGGCGGGCUCUUUGGUAACAAACCAACCCUGACUUUAGGAACCAAUUCAAACACUUCCACUUUUGGGUUUGGUGCCAACACUGCUGGAAACAGUUUGUUUGGAAAUAAACCUGCAACUGGGACCCUGGGAACUGGCCUUGGGACCGGAUUUGGAACAGCUCUUGGGGCAGGACAGACGUCUCUGUUUGGGAACACCCAGCCCAAACUUGGUGGAACACUGGGAACAGGAGCGUUUGGAGCACCAGGAUUCAAUACAUCAACAGCUACUCUGGGCUUUGGAGCCCCUCAGCCUGCUGUGGCACUGACAGACCCAAAUGCAUCAGCUGCCCAGCAAGCAGUGCUUCAGCAGCAUCUCAACAGCUUGACUUACUCACCCUUUGGAGAUUCUCCACUCUUCAGAAACCCCAUGUCAGACCCGAAGAAGAAGGAAGAGAGGCUGAAACCAACUAACCCAGCAGCUCAGAAGGCCUUAACAACACCCACCCACUACAAACUGACCCCUCGUCCAGCAACCAGGGUGCGACCCAAAGCUCUGCAGUCAGCUGGCCCUGCCAAAUCCCACCUCUUCGAUGGUCUUGAUGAUGAUGAGCCAUCCCUGUCCAACGGGGCAUUCAUGCCAAAGAAGAGCAUUAAAAAGCUGGUUUUGAAGAACCUCAACAGCAGCAGCCUCUUCUCUCCUGUCAAUCGGGAAAAUGAAGACCUGGCUUCUCCCUCAGAGUACCCGGAGAAUGGGGAUAGGUUCUUCCUGUCAGUGCCCCCCGAAGAAAACCACAGGCAGGAUGGGGAGCGGGAGGACGAGGAUCAGCACGAGGUGAGCAGGUUUUACACGAACCCCAUUGCCAGGCCCAUUCCCCAGCCUGCAGAGAACUCCCUGCACAAGCACCACAACAACGUGGACGACACCAUCGUGGCCCUGAACAUGCGUGCGGCCCUGCGGAACGGCCUGGAAGGCAGCAGUGAGGAUGCCUCUUUCCAUGAUGAUUCCCUUCAGGAUGAGCGUGAGGAGGAGCCGGAAAUGAUUCAUCAUCUGCACCCUGCAGGCAUUGUCCUGAAGAGAGCUGGCUAUUACACUGUGCCCUCCAUGGAGGAGCUGGCGAAACUCACCACCGACAGGAACGAGUGUGUCGUGACGGGCUUCACCAUUGGUCGCAGAGGCUAUGGAUCCAUUUACUUUGAUGGAGAAGUAAAUCUCACCAACCUAAACCUGGAUGAUAUUGUGCAUAUCCGUAGGAAAGAAGUUGUUGUCUACCCUGAUGAUGAGAGAAAACCACCCAUUGGUGAAGGCUUGAAUAGGCGAGCUGAAGUUACCUUAGAUGGAGUGUGGCCUACAGAUAAAACCUCUCGCUGCCCCAUCAAAAGCCCUGAGCGACUGGCAGAGAUGAAUUAUGAAGGGAGACUGGAGGCUGUGUCUCGGAAGCAGGGCGCUCGCUUCAAGGAAUACCGCCCGGAGACCGGAUCCUGGGUCUUUAAGGUGGCACACUUCUCCAAGUACGGCUUGCAAGACUCGGAUGAGGAAGAGGAGGAACAUCCUUCCAAAGUGGACAUCAAGAAGUUAAAAACCGCCCCAGUGCCGCCCCCCGGGCACCUGCCCCCCCAGCAAAUGACCCUGAAUGGCAAACCAACGCCUCCAGCUCAGACCCCAGACGUGGAGCAGCUGGGCAGGAUGGUGGAGCUGGACAGUGACAUGGCUGACAUCACCCAGGAGCCCCCCCAGGAGCCCCUGCUGGAAAACAACGUCAUGGAAGAGCAGGAGGCAGUGCCCGCUUCAGCACACAUCGCAUCCACCCUGGGCAUCAACCCCCACGUGCUGCAGAUCAUGAAAGCUUCCCUGCUCACUGAUGAAGACGACCUGGAUUUGAUCCUGGAUCAUCAUCCUGGGAAGCAGCCCGUGAAAACGGAUUCUUCUCAAGAGAUCUGCUCCCCGAGGCUCCCAAUCUCAAAAUCCCAUAGACAGAAAAGAUACUCAGUCGGUGGGCUGCUGCAGUCCAAAUUCGCCACUGUGAUUUCCCAGUCACCCAGUGCUGCUGGGCAGGACCUCAAGGGGCCGCAGGCUCCGGGCAGUCCCGCUCCUGCUGCCCUCUGGUCGAUGACGUCUCCGCUGAAGCCGGUGUUCUCCGUCCCGCCGGCGGUGCCCGAGGUGCCCAUGAGAACAGUGGGGGUGCGCAGGCAGCAGGGCCUCGUGCCCCUCGAGGCGUCCAUCACCCACGGGAAAGGGAAGCUGCUCAUGGACAUGGCACUCUUCAUGGGCCGCUCGUUUCGCGUUGGCUGGGGACCCAACUGGACCCUCGUCAACUGUGGAGAUCAGCUGAGUGCAUCGGGUGACACGGAACAUCUUCAGCGUGACUCGGUGGAGUAUGGAUUCCUGCCGACUCCCGUCGCUCCCAAGCCACUCUCGGAAUCCUCUUUCAAGGUUCACGUGGAGAAGCUGAGCUUGGCACAACGGACGGUGGACAGAGAAAACCAACUGUAUCUCAUCCCUCUGGAGAUAAAGCUCAAACACAGCACUGUCCACAUGGAUGAGCACUGCCCUCUUCUAGCACCUAACCCAGGAGUUUCUGCUAUCCAUGACUAUGCUGACUGGGUCAGGAAAGCAUCUGAGGAUCCUGCUGUGACAGAAGCUACUGUGAAGCACUGGUGCUUGGCGUGGACGCUGUGCGAAGCGCUCUGGGGGAAGCUGAAGGAGCUGGAGGCCAGCUUGGAGGAGCCGAGGCAGUACGUGCUGGCGCUGGAGCGCAGGAGGGCCUUCUCCCGCUGGCUGUCGGCCACGGCGGCCGCGCGCAUCGAGGAGGAGGUGGCCGUGUCCCGGCACGGGAACCCCGUGGAGGCCGUCUUCAGCUGCCUCACCGGCAGGAGGAUCGGGGAGGCCUGCAGGCUGGCCCAGCAGUCAGAUGACCACAGGCUGGCUCUGCUCCUGUCCCAGCUGGCCGGGAGCCAGCCUGUGCGGGACCUGCUCACCAUGCAGCUGGUGGACUGGCACAGGCUGCAGGCAGACUGCUUCAUCCAGGAGGAGAGGCUCCGGAUCUUCGCCCUGCUGGCAGGAAAGCCUGUGUGGCAGUUAUCAGAGAGAAUCAAUAUCAAUGUGUGCUCGCUGCUGGACUGGAAGCGCUGCGUGGCCGUGCACCUCUGGUACCUGCUUCCUCCAACAGCUUCUAUUUCCCAGGCACUUGCCAUGUACGAGUUGGCCUUUCAGAACACAUCAGAGUGUGAAAAAUAUGCCUGCUGCCCUCUGCCUCCCUACCUGGAGGAUUCUGGCUGUGUCAUAGAGGAAGAUGACAACACAGGAAGGCCUCUGAGGGACGUCUGCUUCCACUUAUUGAAGCUCUACAGUGACAGACACUACGACCUUGACCAGCUGCUGGAUCCCAGGAGUAUCACAUCCGACCCCCUGGACUGUCGCCUGAGCUGGCACCUCUGGGAAGUGCUCAGGGCCCUGAACUACACCCACCUGAGCCAGCAGAGCCAGGGGGUGCUGAACACCAGCUACGCUGCCCAGCUCGAGAGCGAAGGCCUCUGGGAAUGGGCUGUUUUCAUCCUGCUGCACGAGCCCAAGACACACAUCCGGGAGAAGGCCGUGCGGGAGCUGCUGAGCCGGCACUGCGUGCUCAGCGAGACCCCCGAGUCCUGGGCCAAGGAGGCGUUCCUGACGCAGAGGCUCUGCGUCCCCCCGCAGUGGAUUCACGAGGCGAAGGCGGUCCGGGCGCGGAUGGAGGGCGACAAGCAUAAGGAAGCCCUCUUCUUGUUCAAGGCUGGGCACUGGAACCAGUGUCACAAGCUGGUUGUCAGGCACUUGGCCUCAGAUGCUAUCAUCAAUGAGAACUACAAGUACCUGAAGGGAUUCCUGGAGGAUCUUGCCCCUCCAGAACGCAGUGCCCUCAUCCAGGACUGGGAGAUGGCAGGACUGGUCUACCUGGAUUACAUCCGUGUCAUUGAGAUGCUGGACAGGAUUCAACAGCUGGAUUGUUCCACCUAUGAGCUGGAGAGGUUACACACCAAAGUGACAUCGCUGUGCAACAGGAUAGAGCAGAUCCAGUGCCACAGCGCCAAGGACCGCCUGGCUCAGUCAGACAUGGCCAAGCGCAUCGCCAACCUGCUGCGGGUGGUGCUGGGGCUGCAGCACGCCCCGGAGCCCGUGUGUGAGCCCGCGGCCGAGCUGCAGCGCGUGCCCCUGCGCCUGCUGGCCCCACACAUCGGCCGCCUGCCCAUGCCCGAGGACUACGCCUUGGAGGAGCUGCGCAGCCUCACGCAGUCCUACCUGCGGGAGCUGACGGUCGGCACCCACUGAGCCCCCGCGCCCCGGACGCUCGUUUUGUACCACUCGUUCCCCUCCCCU